AUGAUAUCCAACUGGAGGAUUACCCCAGAAAGAAUUAUCAAAGAAGUAAAGCCUCACUACAAUUUUAGCUAUGCUAAAGGUGUCAUCUUCCACCAGGACUUAUAUAAAUUUUUAGAGGAGGAAAUCCUUGAUAUGUAUCCUCCCAAUGUUUGGAAAGUUUUUAAAGUACCUAGGUCGUCUAUGAUUAUUUUUACGUUUUGUGAUGAAGACUUGCCAAAUUCCAUUGGAGUAAGAAAGGAAAUAAUUGAUAUACGUCCCUUUAAGGCCCAGCCACUUCAGUGUUUCAACUGCUUUGGUUAUGGUCACCCAUUCCAGGCAUGUAUUAGACCUAAGCCCUGUGCCACAUGUUGUCUCCCAGAGCAUGUUGAGUGUUCAAGACAGUUAAAUUGUAUUAACUGUAAGAAGGAACAUAGUUCCAGAGAUUGGAAUUGUGAAUCGUACACAGAGCACAUAAGUGUGGGAUAUGUAAAGAAACUCUUAGCUAGGACAACUAAGUAUAGUGAUGUGGUGAAACAGAAAUAUAAAAAUUCUAGUUCUCUCAGCAAACAACCACCACUAAAGAGAGAAUCUCGUCCUUCUAUGAGUAAUCUAGCUCCUCAGCCUAAGAAAAGGAACUCCAGCCCUUGA